AUGACGCCGUGCCAGGUGUCAGGCAUCAAGGGGCGAUGGGUGCUGUCCAAGACUAGCGGAUUCGAGUGGCGCUUCUACCCGUGCUCUCCCAAGGAGCCGAAACGACCGUCAGGGUGGGUGGCACAGCUGGUGCGGAAAGGCAUUCAGGAGAUCAACAUUGUGGGGGACUCGCACCAGCGCGUGCUGUCUUUUCACCUGAGAUAUCUCCUGUCAGGCUUUGCAGACGAGCGCAUGGUGCGGUCGCACGAGGACAUGAACUUCACUGUCACGGAUGAGCGCUCGGGCAAACAGCUGCGAAUCAACUUCUACUGGGUGGACGGCAUCUACAGGAACCGCGAAUACGGCUGCUCGUUGAGAGGGCAGUACACACACAACUACCACACCUUCCCCAACAUCUCCACAACAGCCAACGUCACAGUCAUAGAGGGCGGCUACUGGGCCGGCAAGUGGUGUGCCGAGCCGCUGCAAGCCCUCCGCGCGCGCCUCCCCGAGUUCUUCAUCUGGGCGCUCCUCGCCGCCCGUGCCAACCGCGCGCGAGUCGUCUUCCGAACGCCGCCGCCCGUCCCGAACGCCGGCUCGCAUUGCUCGGACUAUGCGGUCAAGAGGGGUUUUGCGGGCCCCGCAACGAACCUCUACCUGGCUGCGGCCAAUCGGCACGCGCGCCAGCUGGCGGCGUCGGUGACGAGAGGCGCUGAGAUGUCGGUGUUUGAUUCAUGGGCCGUGGAGGCGCCGCGGUACGGCGACACGUGUCCUGGGGAUCAUCAUUACUCGUGCUUUUGGGGCGGGCAGAAGCGGACGAAGCCCGUUGUGAGGGGGGCUGUAGGGGAUGCCGUGGCGAGGACUUUCCUGCAUUUCUUGCUGCACUCACUGCCUAUGGAGAAUAGCAGCACCGCAGAAGAGCAAAAAACAUCCUGA